AUGGCAAAUCAUCUCGGUGAAGUUAUUGAACGCUAUUUGAAAGCCAAUCAUACCGAUGGGAGUACCAAGUGCUUAAAGUUUACAUAUACUGAGACAUAUUCAUCAACGGAUAAUAGCCGAAAAAUUGAUGUAAAUUAUAAGAUCGGACAAGUAAAAGAGGUUUCUUAUUAUUCAGGACAAUCCAAAUUCACGGCCGUUGUUAAGGAAAAAGUUUCAGAUGGAAAUGAAUCCCUUGAAUUGUUUAUGUAUUUGAGGGUAAUGCCUGAAAUGAAACGUAUUUUGGAAGAAUACAAUAAGUGCCCUGCUGAUGAUGUAAUACCAAAGGUUCCGCUAUUAUUGGCUAACGAUGAGAUUGAAAGACGCUUGUACGCUGCCAUUAAGAUUAUAGAAGGAUAUUGGCCCGAAUUUAAAGAUAUAACUACCAAACUACGCAGUUAUGUGGAAACAAUUAAUAAGAGCAUUACUGGUUUGAUGGCCAACAAACUUUCCCAAUAUAAAAUCAUUGCACUUGGUGAACCGUCCAUUAAAAACAUGCUCGUUGAAACAAUACAACAAUACAAUAAUGUCAGAAUUCUUGAUGCAAAUGUAGUAUUUGUAAGCAUAUUUAGUGAAUAUGAACAUAUGUAUAUGUACAUAUAUACAUAUUUAUUUAGAUAUAUACGUAUCUACACCAGGUAUGUAGUAGUGAAAAUUAGCGCAGCGCGCCCAACACUGAUCUACACACUCCCACAUUUGAUUUAUAUUUGUUUUAUUUACUAUUUUCUACAGAAUAACUUUAAAAAUUGCUUCGUUGGAUACUGCGGCUAUGACUUGAAUUUCUUCUUUUUCGCAAAUUUGACGUUAGAUAUGUUGACAUCCCAUCGUUAUGAACUACUUCAUUACUAUCAUGAGCAUUUUGCUGCUACAUUAAAAAGUUUAAAUGAAUCCUCCAUUCCCAGUUGGGUAACCAUUCUCCAAGAAGUACGAGAGUUUGAGUUUAUCGGUAUUUACGCAUUACUUUGCGAAAUGCCUAUUUAUAAUUCAGAAUACAAUUUUCAAAAUUGCUGCACAUUGGAGUCCGAAAAUUCGAAUUUUGCGCCAAUUUCAUUUGAACAACAAUAUGAAAUUCUUUUCAACAGCGACCGCGUAAAGACGUUAUUAAAAUAUGGGCUGGAUCGCUUUUAUGAGCUUCAUAUGUGGGACAAAACUAACUAACCAAAUCGAACUAACCAAUUAAGUAUAGUAAUAAAAAAACAUAAAUUCAUAUAUGUACAUUUAUGCCCAUGUUAAUGUGUGAACGCGUAAGUACGCAUACGAAUUUUUGGAAAUGGUUUUAAGUUUUUAACUAAAGAAAAAAAUAUGAAUUAUUCAUUUAAAACUAAAUUUUUAAUUUUUACAGUGAUAUGGCCAAGCAAAUCUUAUCACAACUUUAGGUAAAUACAAUUUUUAAAAUCAAU